AUGUACGAAAAGCUCUUCAAGAUAUUAGCGGGAGAGGACUGGGAGAGAAAGAUGUUGUUUGCGACUACAAUGUGGCAUGAGGUAGACAAUAAAGGCGGUGAGGCGACGCAACUUCUAUUGGAAAAACACUGGAAGCAGGCCACGGACAAAGGAGCGAAGGUGGAUCGCUUUAGUGGAGAAACGUGCGACGCAUGGCGCCUCAUCAAACAAGUACUACCUUCGCAGGUAUCGGCGGCCCUAAUGAAGACAGUCGGCGCAAAGUCAGGAAACAUCGUGAUUGCAAUUAUGGGCCCAACUGGCGCAGGAAAAAGCACUUUUAUCAGCCACGCGUACGGGAAGUCCAAAAAGAGCCUUGUCAGCCACCAUAUCAAGCCACACACGGCGAAGGUGCAGCCUAUCGAAGUCAUGAUAGACGGUUGUCGGAUUACAUUGCUCGACACGCCUGGAUUCGACGACUCCGUGACUGACACCGGGGUCCUAGUCAUGAUCGCUGAUUGGCUUCAGGAGACAUACAGCAAUCAGGUCAAGCUAACUGGAAUAAUAUACAUGCAUCGUAUCUCCGACAACCGCAUGACGGAAUCCACCCCAUUCAAAAAGUCAAAAACAUUUGCUCAGAUAUGCGGGACCAGAGAAGCAGACCGCCUCGUCCUCGUCACGACAAUGUGGGGCUGCGUACCAUCAGAUGUAGGGGGACGAAGGGAAGAGAGCCUCAAGAACGACCACUGGAAAGGCCUGAUUGAUAGGAAUGCCCAGGUUGCUCGAUUCGACGCUACCUUUGAAUCUGCCCGAAACAUAAUCCGUAGUGUCUAUGAGCCGCUAGCUAGAGGACAGGCCAACCUCCAGCAGGCCAACCACGAUCAAUCAACUUUGGCUCGUAGGGACCUGCCACCAAGCGGCUCCGACGAUAUCCAGUCAAUCCCCGAUGAAGACGACUUCCAAACCUCAGAUAGCAAUCAGACGGGCGAUAAAAGCCAUACCAUAUUGCCUACCUCCCACCAAGGGGGCGAGCAAAACGAAGUAAAUCUCUAUUCGUACACUAAUUGGAAAGUUACUGAGCUUUUGCAACAGUUAAACGUAGCUACCCAUGUCGGCGACGAGGACGGAGAACAAGGGGCGAGUAUCGUGCCUAAAUCGGAAUACGUUAGUUAUACAAACAAAGGCCUUGAUGUCGUAGAAGAAGUACUCGACACCAGCGAUGUACCUGAGAAAGCAUUCUAUCCCCUCCGAGACAAAUUACUGAGUAUCCAAAAGCGGCCCAAAGACGUGGGCAUUUCCGCCAACAAGAUCGGGAAGAUCUUCGAGGUGACAACAAAAGAUCUUAGAGAGGAGGACAUUGUUAUUGCGUGA